GAUAAGAGUUACGUCGAGGGACAGAUUGUUUGUCUUCUUGCUUGAACAGCUAGCUUACGUGAGCAAAAGGAUAUGAACAUUGAUUCUUAUCUUCAGCGCAUUUCCUAUCAUGGUAGCAGACUUCCUACCAUGGAGACCCUGCAACGUUUGUCUCUAGCUCACAAUCUAUCAGUUCCGUUCGAGAAUUUUAGCAUUAUCGCUAAAGAAAGCAUAAAACUUGACGAAGAACUGAUCUACGACAAGAUCGUCAAUAGACGACGAGGUGGAUUCUGCUAUGAGCUCAAUGGCCUCUUUCAAUGGCUUCUGAAGAGUCUAGGAUAUGAUGUUAUUUUACUAGCAGCAAGAAUUUUAGAUCCUCAUACCAAGGAGCUUGGUCCAGAGUUUGAUCACAUGGUCUUGUCUGUGGGUAUUCCAGAUGGUCGGGAUGAACGUUAUCUGGUUGAUGUUGGGUUUCCCUUUUGUGGUGGUUGCCCCAUACUGAUCAUGGAUGGCACUAUGGAGAGGCUGGGUGAUGUGGACAUUCGACUGAGACUUGAAUCAUCGGAUACUUGGUGGUUGGAGACGAAAAAGCUAGUGUCAUCGUCAGAGUGCAGUUGGAGCUUUCAAUUUACUUUACAACCACAACAAUUGUCUGAUUAUAUGAGCACAUGUUUGUAUCAUCAGACGGAUCCUGAGGCUCCUCUUACUCAGAGCCGUCUAGCUGCAAUUCGUUUAGAAGAUGGUGGAAGAACAAUAUUUACAGACAAGGGUGAGAAAGGUCCACAAAUUGUGGAGACCAAAUGGAAUCAUACCAAAAAUCAGUUUGUCAAAACAGAAACACUUCUAGAAGAACGUCAGGUGACUGAAGUACUGAAACGUCAGUUUGGGUUAGAUUUCUAGUUGCAAUUUUGAGCUAAUCUUUACUGAUAUAUUUGAUUUAGUGGCACCGAUUAGAUUAGUGGAUAGGGUGUAUUUUAUUCUUUUUAAAACUACUAUUAUAUAUGGUGUAUUCCACUUUUUUAAACUGUUAUUAUAUAGGGUUUACUCUACUCUUUUUUUAAACUAUUAUUUUAUAGGAUGUAUUUUACUCUUUUUUAAAACUACAUUUUAGUGCUACCUUUUAGUCAAGUGUCAGUAUUUGUUUUUUCUAGUGGUUUGUAGUUUCCCAUGUCUAUCUUAGAUUCUAUGCCUUUCUUCUACAUGAGAUGAGGGUGGGAAAAUAGAAGAA